GGGCAAUAGAAUCCAAAGGAACAGAGAUAGAAACUAGACUGUAGGAUAACAAUGACGACACCCGUGUAUUGACCACCAUAUGGCCAGCGCUCGGGUUCGCUCAACCGCCGGGCAAAUCUUCACUGUUCCCAAAGUUUCCAUCUUCACUCUUUCACUCUGACGUCACAACAGCCCCACCUAACCACUUCUUCAACAUAUAUAACAGUUUUGGACCUCGUCCAUGUUUGCUUCUUCAUUCUCAUCUACUACAAAUCCAACAAACGAUUCUACACGUAACCAAUUGCAAAACUCCUCCUCACAUCUUCUUCUACAAGAACCCCACACAAUCCACAAUGGCAUCCAAGGCACAGAUCAUCGACGAGCGCAAGGCCAACCUUGAGCUCCCAGAGCAGCCCCCCGUCGCCUCCGACUUUAACUCCGCCGACGCCCGCACCGUCAACGUCGGUGCCGGCGGCCAGCAAGAGAACCUCGGCCUCGCCGGCACUGCCGCAUCAUCUGGUGCCGGCCGCGAGGCCAAGGACAACCUGAGCGGCCUCCCCAACGACGCGGCCGCCCAGGGCUCCAAGAACAAGGAGGGCCUUGCCGACACCACCAAGUAAACCCCUCCGGUGUGUGUGCAUUUCUGAACGAAAGGAAACUUUGGCGUUUUUUUGAGGGACAUUUUCACGGGCAUUCGAUGGGGACGGCGGGAAUAGGGAGUCCUCGUGAUUGAGCAUGAAAUUCGAAAGCGAUAAUCCAGUAGCGAUCGACUACUAAGGCUGAUAACAUCUUUUGCUAUCGUACGCCUGUUAUGAAAUGGAAUGAAAUCCCCAAAUCAAACUGAA